UGCUAUGUGGAUAUUUGUUAGCAAUGACUGAUGUGGAAUCUAUAUAUGCAGACUUUAUUGCAUCAGGAAGAACAGGUAGAAGAAAUGCAGUACAUGAACUCCUUGUGUCCUCUCCAGAUGGGAACUCUAGUGAAUUAGCCUUAAAGUUGUCAGAGCUUGAUAUAAACAAAGCAGAAGGAGAAGGAGAUGCACAACGAAAUCCAAGUGAGCAAACCGGAGAGGCCCAAGGGGAGGCAGCAAAGCAAGAAAGCUGACAUCCGACUUUGACCGACUGGAGCAGCUGCUGGAUGUUUUCAGACUACGAGAGCAUACUGGAAUAAAUUUGUUUCCAUGAGCAAGCUGGUAGAAAAGAAAGUGCAUGUGUCUUCACUGCUGGAACCCACUCAGCACAAUGCUAAAAAUGAGGGUACAAGCUGUGGCAGAAGACAGAAUUUUCUCUACCUCUGUCAUUAGCAAUGGUUGAACAUGUAUUGAUUUUUUGGGAUAGUGUCAUCAGAUGGAUCCCUUCAUAAUGACUACUUGAUGGGAACACUUUUAAAAAGUAGAACAGGUAAAUCUUGUAGCAAAUGGCCUUUGAAACAUCAGAGGAUCUAAUUGUGUAUCUUAAGCAAAGGCUUGUGUGAUCCUCAGAGUUUAAAAUUCUCUGGCCAAAGUGUUCACCCAUUAAAAGAACUGUAAAGAAAGCACUGUUUUUAGAAUUUUACGUCUGUUUUACAGCUCUGUUAUUUACAAUGGUUUUUGUAUUGUACAACUUAGAUGCUCCACACUGCCCCUUCUCAACUGCUUAUGAAGAAUAUUUCUGUUACUGUGAAUUUUUCUACCACGCGUUUUGAAAGGGCUGGUUUUUUUCAUAAUGUGGUGAUAUGCACAUGAUAGAUUUAAAACGUCAACUGCUAAAUUGAAUAUGCCUAAAUCUAAAUGACUCAGCAACACUCUUAAUUUGUUACUAGAUGAGCCUUCAAAACGAUUUGUUAAUGUGAAUACUUCAGCGUGUUUUGUGUCCUUGGUACAGUUUUGCCACUUGCCUGUAGUUAGUUGCAUAUCGGAGACUCAAAUUGAAUCUUUUGUGUUUUUCUUCCCCAUUUUUCUAAUUUUACUCCCAAUUUCUUAAUCUUUCUCCAAGAUAUUUUUUUAAAUGUUAGUCCAAGUAUUUUAUUGUUAU